AUGGCUUCACGACCGAAUUUCCUUGUGAUUGUCGCCGAUGACCUGGGCUUCUCGGAUGCAGGCUGCUUCGGCGGCGAGAUCAAGACACCUCACAUCGACAGCAUCGCCAGCAAUGGAGGAGUGCGAUUCACAGACUUCCACGCAGCGGCCGCCUGCUCGCCCACGCGCUCGAUGCUGCUCUCUGGCACUGAUAACCACAUCGCCGGCCUGGGGACGAUGAACGAGAAUCAGACCGAGUUCCAGCGCGGCAAGCCUGGGUAUGAAGGCUACUUGAACGACCGAGUCGUCGCCCUGUCGGAGCUCUUGCGGGAUGCAGGCUACCAAACCCUGAUGUCUGGUAAAUGGCACCUGGGGCUGGAUCCAGAUCACACGCCUCAUGCACGCGGCUUCGAUCGAUCAUAUUCUCUGCUUCCAGGAGCAGCAAACCACUAUGGCUGGGAACCGCAGCUCCAGAAUCCAGACGAGAAAGCUCCCGGCUUGAUGUCGCAUAUGCCGAGCAUCUAUGUAGAAGACGAUAGGCGUAUCGACCCCAGUGAGCUCGGGGAGAACUUCUACUCCAGCGUUGCUUUUACGGACAAGAUGCUCGAGUAUCUCAGGGGUAAGGACGCAGAGAAACCCUUCUUUGCCUACCUCCCUUACUCGGCGCCGCACUGGCCCUUACAGGCUCCCCGGAAAGAUAUCGACGACUACCGGGGCGUCUACGAUGAGGGGCCGGAAGCUCUUCGCCAGAAACGCCUUCGCAAGCUUGAGGAGCUUGGCUUGAUACCAGCGGGAACCGCGCCUCACGACGUGGUCGUCAUGGGCAAUCGCAUGAUGUCCAGGUUCUGGCACGACCUGACCCCUGAGGAGCGCCGGUUCUCGUCUCGAUGUAUGGAAGUGUACGCGGCCAUGGUCCAGUGUAUGGACACCCAGAUCGGCCGCGUCCUCGACCAGCUCCGCCAGUCCGGAGACAUGGAAAAUACCCUCGUCAUCUUCAUGUCUGACAAUGGCGCGGAGGGAGCGCUUCUGGAGGCCCUGCCGGUCGUGCAGAACAAUAUAUUCGAGCACAUAGACCAGUACUACGACAACUCCAUCGAGAACCUGGGGGCCUACAACUCCUUUAUCUGGUACGGUCCUCACUGGGCGUCUGCAGCCACUGCUCCGUCCCGGCUGUAUAAGAUGUUCACUAGCGAGGGCGGCAUACGGGUUCCCCUUAUCCUCAACUACCCUCCUCUCACGGCUGGGAAGGCCGGUAUAGACCAUACCUUUGGCACUGUCAUGGAUAUUGCACCUACACUUCUUGAGCUUGCGGGUAUCAAACACCCUGCCCCGUCUUACAGAUCCAGGCCCGUCUACCCCAUGCGAGGAUCAUCGUGGCUACCCUGGGAGCUCUUUGGCCGCCAGGCGGUGCGCCAGGGAGACUGGAAGGCAUUGCAUAUCCCGAAGCCCGUUGGGCCUGGGAAAUGGCAGCUGUACAAUCUGAGUGAGGAUCCGGGCGAGACAAAGGACCUGGGAGAGCUUUUCCCGGACAAGCUGGCUGCCCUCAUUGCUGAAUGGAAAAAGUAUGAAAAGGACGUAGGCGUCGUUGGAGCCAUGCAAUAUGGAGUGCUGGGUGUAGACGACCAGGAUGUAAUCCAACAGUGGUGA